AUGCAAAUCAAGUGUUCAAUGAAUUGCCUGAAGGAGAUUAUGUUUCUUCUUUCUUGGAUAUAUACAAAAGCUCAAGAAGAUUUAGCCUACAAGGAGAUCCCAGUGGGAGUGAUUCUAGAUAUGGGAUCAUCAUAUCCAUAUUCAUAUUCUGGGGUUGGAAAGGCUGUUCAUAGCUGCAUCACCAUGGCAGUGUCUGAGUUUUACAUGGUCAACCCUCACUUCCAAACAAGGAUAGUUCUUCACCACAGGGAUACCCACUGCAUGCUCUCUCUGCUGCUCUUGAUCUUUUGGAGAAGCCAAAAGUGGAAGCAAUCAUAG